AGUUAAUUAAACUCGCAGCAAUCAAGAACUUUCCUAAAUAAUAUCUAAAAAGAAAUUAUGAAAAAUUCUAACCUCAUGCGAGUAAUUAGGACAUUACUAUGGUUAAUAUCAUUAACAUUAACAGAAGAAUGUCUUACUCAGUCGCUGAGUCGUUACGCUAAGAUUUUAAAUUUAUAUCCGAGAUUUUCUUUGAAUAGCACAUCGUCGCCGAAUUAUCAUGUCGAUAAUCAUCCCUGUAAACGUACGUGCCUGGGUCCGGAACACGCUAUGACUUGUUAUUAUUAUCUAAUUGUUCAUUACGACGAGACUAUGGGUCCAGCUUGCGAACCAUAUUUGAAUCGAAAAUAUCACUACAAAGUGGAUAAAUACACUUACAUCGAUCCCUUUAGUGUUCAAGAAGAAGAAUUUCAGGACGACGAAAGCAAAGUAAAUCAUUGCAAAUACGCCGAUGGUAUUGAAAGUGAAAUAAUGGUAGUAAAUGGACAAUUACCAGGUGAGACAAUUGAGGUUUGCUAUGGUGAUACGAUCGUGACCGAUGUUCUUAAUACGAUGCAUGAAACCACUUCUAUACACUGGCAUGGUAUCCAUCAUUAUAAAACUCCAUAUAUGGACGGUGUACCGUUCAUUACUCAAUAUCCAAUAGAGCCAGGUCAAGCGUUUCGCUAUCGUUUUGAGACCGAUCAUGCCGGUACACACUGGUGGCAUAGUCAUACUGAACAUCAAAGAGCCUUUGGUUUGGCCGGCGCUUUAAUUAUACGACAAACAUUAGAGGAAAAUCCUCACGCGAAACUUUACGAUUUUGAUUUAACCGAGCAUACAAUAAUGAUACAAGAUUGGUUAAGAGAUUUCGAUGAGAGUACUCCGAAAACGAUUUUAAUUAAUGGCUUAGGAGAAGCUUCUGAUGAGGAUAAGCCGAUCUUAUAUUCUCGUUUUACUGUCGAGCAACGACAACGCUAUCGUUUUCGUGUAAUAUUCAAUGGCGUAACAAAUUGUCCAGUUUCUUUAAGUAUCGAUCAACAUGAUCUAUUGGUUAUAGCUAGUGAUGGCAAUGAUAUCAAACCUUUAAAAGUGCAACAGAUUAUGUUCCACGGUGGCGAACGUUACGAUUUUGUAUUGCAUGCUAAUCGCAGAGUGAAAAAUUAUUGGUUAAGGAUUAAAGGUUUUGCAUUUUGCUCUAUGAAUAAACUUCAACAAAAGGCAAUACUUCAUUAUAAGAAAGCCGAUCGAAUAGAUAUACCUGUGGAUCGAAAGAAAGAUCAUGAAAAUCUAAUUGAAUUCAAUGGUUUCAAUGUAACGCAGGAUGCGAAAGGAAAACGUUUUAGUUUAAUGGAUGUCAACGCCUUGGAAACUAAAGUAGAUAAAUUACCGCAAAAACCCGAUCAAACUUUAUACAUAAGUAUGAAUGUUGUACCGAGAGGUGAAAGUAAACUGUUUCAACUCGAUGACAUUAGUUUUAUAAUGCCAAACGUAUCGUUGUUGCAGGCGCGCAAACUUGGUGUAGGCAAAUCAUUUUGCAAUAUAACAAUGCUUACAGCAAAGGGAUUCAAUUGCGAGAAGAGAUUGUGCCAGUGUACGAAUGUUUUGCAUUUACCAGCUUUUAAACACAUCGAAUUGGUAGUAACGAGCAAAUCAGAUGCUGCACACCCCAUACAUUUACAUGGUUACACUUUUCGUGUAGUUGGUAUGGGUUACUUGGGACCCGAUAACAUAUUAAAAAUUGAGGAAAUUGAUCGUAAACAACCAUUGCCUAGACGUUUAAUGAAUGCCCCGCUUAAGGACACAGUGCAAGUACCUGGCCACGGUUAUACUAUUAUACGUUUGUUCACUGAUAAUCCUGGUUAUUGGUUCCUCCAUUGUCAUAUCUCUACACAUGGUGAAAACGGCAUGUUAGCCGUUCUAAGGAUAGGAGGAGAUGACGAAAUGAAAUUAUGUCCUCUUAGCAAUUGUGGACUCUGUAACUCAGUCGCAUGAUUCAAUAUUGGUUUUUAUCAAAAUUUAUUAAUCAAA